UCCCCGCCGCUUUGUGUUAUGGUGAACCAGUAGAGAGUGCGUUGAUCCAUCGUGUGAUCCUUCUCAAGUCUCGUGUCCGACGAUUUAAUAGAAUUCAAUGAACGUCUAACGUCGCGAGAAAUUGUCACGUAAAUCAAAAUUUCUGAGAAACAACGUUGGACCCUAAUUAACUUUUCAAUUCGUUACUAUUGCGUAUUUCCAAUCGGGUUCUAUCGCGAAUUACUUCUUUGAGAAGCUGAUAUUCCCUUUAAUUAAAUUGAGCGAGUCGCUCGUAUAUUGCUUGCGGGGUUAACAAUUUCGAUAUAAUUAAUCAAUUCGACAAAUAUUGGAAAUGUGUUCGAGCAUUUUGGUGAAGUUCUGCGGGACUAUGAUCCUGAAAAAUAUGGCCGCCAAUCGUGCUCCAAAAUGGGAGGCCGUCAGCAGAUGUUUUAGCGUCACAAUGUCGCGUACUAUACUUAGGGACUCGCCAAAUGCCGCCUUAGACAAGAGCUUGUUGAACAAGUACCUGUCUCUGCCGCAACCAGAUGACAAAAUUCAAGCAACGUAUAUUUGGAUUGACGGUACCGGCGAAGGGCUGAGAAACAAGACCAGGACAGUCGAAUUCAUACCGAAACACCCAUCAGAGCUACCGAUUUGGACGUACGACGGAAGCUCAACGUACCAGGCGGACGGAGUGAACAGCGACAUUUACCUAUGCCCGGUGGCAAUCUACAACGACCCGUUCCGCAGGGGGAACAACAAGCUGGUGCUAUGCGACACCUAUCACAGCGACAAGACCCCGACCAAAUCCAACAAGCGGUACAAGUGUAACGAGGCUAUGGAAGCUGCCAAAGAUCAUGAUCCGUGGUUCGGCAUCGAGCAGGAGUACACUUUCCUGGACUUCGACCUUCGGCCUUUAGGAUGGCCGAAGAACGGUUACCCAGGACCCCAGGGACCAUACUACUGCGGUGUAGGCGCGGACAAAGUGAUCGGCCGGGAGAUCGUCGAGGCCCACUAUCGGGCUUGCAUUUUCGCAGGCGUGAAGAUUGCCGGGACGAACGCCGAAGUGAUGCCGUCCCAGUGGGAGUUCCAAGUCGGGCCGUGCAGUGGCAUAUCAGCCGGCGACGACCUCUGGGUUGCUAGGUUCAUUCUGCACCAGGUAGCGGAGGAGUACGGUGUGAACGUGACGCUGGACCCGAAACCCAUGGAGGGCUCGUGGAACGGGGCCGGCGCGCACACCAACUUCUCGACUAAGGCGAUGCGCAUGGACAAUGGAAUCGCAGAGAUCGAGAAAGCCAUUGAUAAGCUGAGCAAGCAACACCUUAGACACAUCCAGGCAUACGACCCGCGGGGAGGGAAGGAUAACGAACGCAGGCUGACCGGCAAAUGCGAGACCAGCAGCAUACACGAUUUCAGCGCUGGCGUGGCGCAUCGCGGAGCCAGCAUCCGUAUACCGCGCGGCGUUGCUGAGGAUAAAAAAGGGUACCUGGAGGACAGGAGACCCAGCAGCAACUGCGACCCAUACUCAGUUUGCGAGGCCUUGGUCCGCACCUGCGUUCUGAACGAGUAAACGCGACAUCGCUCGCUUCGAUGUUACGGCGAUCGAGGGAGAGCGGGUAACUCGUGGCUGAUACAGCGUAACGGUAACCGUGCAUCUUCGCCGAACGUGUUCUUUGCAAGUCGAAGGCCUGCUUGGUACAAUUUAAAUGGAAUUUUAAUAGAUGAAUUUGAGAGAUCUGAAGGGAAACACCGUCGGACCUGUUCGUGGACCGAUUACCUUCAAGGAAAUGCCUUCUAGGAGGAGUUCAUGUUUAGGAAAAAUUGCGUCGCUGAUCAACGGUAUAGGUGAUCAGUGUAGAUGAACUAUUCAUAGGUAGUCUUGUGAAAUAGGUAACGGAUAAGGUUGGGGGAAAAUAACGCGAAAAUUUUUCAUGGGAAUUACUGUUCCAAGGGAUAGAUCGUUGUAGCAAUUUAUUCUGAAAUAUUGAAGUCUUUAAUUCCUGAAUUGCAUCCUUAGAGAUACCAGCGAAGUUAUUUUUAUUAUUAAAUUAUAAAUUUUACGUAUUUAUAGUAUACGCAUUCUUCACUCUUUAAAAUAAACUAUCGUUGGAGACAAUAAGUUGUUCAUUUCUGUCCCUUUAAAUGUAUAUAUAAAAACAUGAAUCUGUAUGAAUAACCACAGUUUCAUUAUUUGCAUAUGUAUUAGUUUUCUCGAUGCUUUCGGUUCUAGCUCGAUUCGCAUUGAAUAACUAUUUCUUACUUUUCCGAGAUACAUGUUUUCGGUCAAUGGAAAAUUCAAUACUUCAGGCAUGAUUUGUUCACCGAUCUCCAUUCAUUCGGUCGAUCCAGUUUUUAUCUAUUGUUCUGAAAUACUGUCGACGCAUGGCGAGUUGGGCAACCUGUAAUUCGUAUUUUCUACUUUUAAACAGAAUCCUAGUUGUUAAGUAUCUAUGUAUCCGAAGAUGUAGAAGGGAGGAUUCAGUUGUAGAGUGUAUAUUAUGCACGAAGUAGCGUCAACGCUUGUUACGCCUCUCCGUUUCAUUUAACAACGUUACAGAAACCGUGACAAUAAAGGUGAACAUAUGUCAUUGCGAAGGCAAAAUUAACAAAUUGUGUUACUUUCUCGAUUAUCCUUGUGCUUGUUGAGGGGAAGAAAAAAGAGGCAGCACAUGCAUAAUAUAAACCCGCCAGAUUUCGACCAGCUGUAUUCCUCGAAGUGAUCAACCCGAAAAUAUAAUGAGCUCUAGUUUCAGCCUCUGGUUUUAGCUAAUUGUAAGUUAUCAGGCUGACAGAAAACGGACAUCAUUUGCGAAAGUUGCAACUUAUUAGGAUAAAUGAAUUCUUUUAGCGGAAAAUGUAUAUCACUCGAAUUGAGCUGCUUUAGAUAUUCAAUUUAUAACGCUACGAAGUCUGUUUCCAACCCAUGGCAUUGUUCGGACGUGUGUUUAAAAAGACAUAGACAUACAGAAAUACAGCUGUUUGUACGAUAAAUAUUUCUAAUCUUAAUCUGUAUGAUUAAUGUUGCUGUCGAUCACUGAUAUUGCAAAAAGAAAUUGUUACUGGAAGUGACGACAUUGCGCUUUGUGAAAUUGCGAAGGAACUCGAGAUAGAUUAUGCCACAGGUUUAAAUAAUGUGUACGAGUUUAGAAUGGUCCCAGAACUGAAUGUACGAGUGCCACACGCUGUCGAAAAAAUUAUACCACGUUCCCAUGAACCCAAUAAGAUUAUAAGACACGAUAAUGCCCGGGUAUGUAAAUACACGCCUUCUGCGAAACUUUGCUUCAUUGAAGAAAACGUGCAGGAUAUAAUAAUAGAUCGUAAAAAGGUUGUCGGAAUUUCGAAAGCAAAGCAAAGGCGUCCCCCUUUGCCGCAAUUAUCAUUUGUGUAAUUGCUUGCGGACACUAAUCCGUGAAUGUUACGAGGCGAUCCUGUGGUCGCACUCCGAUCAGUCGUGUUAAAAUGGUAUAUACACGGUGUAAAAAAAAAAUUAAACGAAAGAAAAGUCGAUGUAGCAUGUACAUGGUGUAUUUUCAUAUUUGUAUGGUAUAUUUUCAUAUUUGUAUUUUCUACGCUGACUUCUGUAAUUGUAAUUAUAUAUCAUGACCAUUGUUGACGAUUUGUUGGUAGUGGUUAUUGUUGUUGUUAUAAUGAUAAUACUAUAAUAAUAAUAGAAAUAAUAGUAUAAUAAUAAAAAGAAUAAUAGUAAUAAUAAUAAUAGUAAUACUGAUAAUAAUAAUAAUGAUAAUAACAACAGUAAUAAUAAUUAUAAUAAUAAUAAUAAAAAGCGAUGCUUUUGAUGAAGGAAAUACUAUUCUCUUAUUAGUACGAAACAUUCAUUUUGUUAUAUUCUAAAAUAAAGACUUCUACAAACACUGA